UUAAAGCCAGCGUUGAUGGCGUCCCGUAAAAAGCCAAUCAUCGAACGAGUUAAUAAUUUAUUAAAAAGCUCCGGAGACGCAACAAAAAGCCAAUCGAAUCAUUUGGCUGUUUCAUUGACUCCUGGACCACGCAGCACACAGCAUCAACGACGGUUAAAGAAUAUGGAGAUCAGUAUGCCUAUGUUGUUAUGUUCAAGCCUCGUUUUGGUUCUUAUAUCAUCUGUGUGUAGUGUACCUAUAGACGUUGCCAGGGAAACCGAGAAUGAUCACCACUUGGAAGAAAAGAGACCAAAAUACAUGGACACGAGGGAUUUGGACGCAUUUGAAAAACUUGUUUACCUAGCUCUUAAAGGGCUGGUGGAGGAAGGAAAGGUUAACCCAGAGGUCAUGACCUCAGAAGCAAAUGAGGGAUUUCUGGACAAUCAGGGCGAAAAUGGGGAAAGCAAGGAGAAGGCGGGGCCCGCAGACAAACGGGGCCAUCUUAGGAUCUGUGUCCGACGAUCAGGGUCACGCUAUGUACCCUACCCUUGCUUUAGAAGUUAAACAGUGCAGCAAAUGAGAAAGGAGGCAACAACAUAUCAUGCAUGCUGUUUUCGCAAAGGCAGGGAAGACGCUUUUUCCCCUGAUAAUAUUUUUGGACUUUAUCGUGCUUACUUAUAAUCUAUCAUCAUAAAUUAGUGCAAUAGGUUAUGCAAACACUAGUAUGUCUGUUUGAGAGAUGUUACAUGUAGUGAUGCCACUUUCGUAUAUCUAUAUUGUGGAAAACUCUUAUAUUGUAUCUGUUUAAUGCUUAAGUGACGUCCAUGUGACGUAAUACUCAUUAAAUAUUUUUAGAAAGUGAUAGUUGUUACUAAUACAAAAUAGAAAAUACUUAAAAUUAUAGUACAGAUUAGGAUAGUUUGAAAAGAAAAGAGUUUUACUGCAAUAUUUUGUACCUUUACAUUCAAAUUUCAAGUGUAUAAUUUUUUUUUUAGAAAAUACGCCUUGUAUUAUUUUGGCCGACAGUCUUGAGUUGAUGUCUCAAAAUUGACCUUAUAAACGCUGAUUAAGCCCCUUUGCAUUAUUUAGUUGCUAAUUCGUACGUCAUAUUGUAAAAAAUGAGUGCUCAUCAUUUUUGUUAAUAAUUCACAAGUUUAAGAAUUUUAAUUUGUAGUGAUAUUAAACAUUGUAGACAUAAAGUGUAUGUUUAGUAGAGUACAUAUAAUUCAUACUAAUAAACUUGUUAUCAACUACAA